AAUCAACAAUUCAAUAAAAUCAAUUUUGAAGUCCAUAGUGACAGCAGCAAAAAUGAAUCCGUACGUGGAGGCGCCCGAGACGCAGUUCGACCCCGAGACGUACAUCCACACGUCCACAGGCAACAAGAUCAGCCGUAAAUGCACUCUCUGCGGUGCUCAUAACAUCCAUCUACGCGGCAAGACAAUUGUCGACUCGGGUGCCAUCGUCCGCGCAGACUUAGCCAAAGUAUCACUAGGGAAGCAGUGCAUUAUACGAGAGAAGUGCGUCGUCAAGCCGCCGACUAGGGUCGUGUCCACAGGGCUGGCUUUUAUCCCUGUGAAAGUCGGAGACUACGUCUACAUCGGAGAAGACACAAUCGUGGAGGCUGCCAUGAUCGGGUCGUACGUGCAGAUCGGCAAAAACUGUGUCAUUGGUAAGCGCGCGAUCAUUCGAGACUGUUGCCGGAUUGAGGACAACACCGUGGUGCCUGCUGACGCAGUCAUCCCGCCGUUCUCCAGGAUUGGUGGCAUUCCAGGUAAGUAGGGAUCGUGCAGUGCUGGUACUGUCCUAAAAGUUAACGUAAAUGUACUGUAUGUGUUGAACCUGUAUAGGAAAACUCAUCGAAGACAUGCCAGAGGCAACACAGGAGUUGUGCAUUGGACAGAUCAGUCGCUACUUCGACAACUUCACCCCGCGUGAGAACUAAACGAGGCGUAAUAAUCUGCGAUUUCGCUGUGUGCUUCUGGGCUGACGGCUAGUUUUUUUUUUAUUUGAUUUACAUCUUUUUCCAUCCGCAUCUGUAUUCAUGCGCAAGGAAGAAGUUGGCUAGAUAUGGCCAUUGCUGCUUGUGCAAGAAAUAUUCCAAAAAAUCUUAUGAAGCGUGUAUAUGUGUUCAUACGGCCAUUGCGUCAGCGUCAGCAACUCGCAGUGAAUGAGAGCUUUCGUCACAUUUCAGCUUUAGUAACAAAAUAACCUAGAGCAGAUAAAUCAUCGUAACACGAUUUUCUUACGAAGAAUAGAUAA